AUGCCCAUCUACCACAUUGUUCUGUUCAAACUCAAGCCCGGGGUGACAUCAGCUCAGCUGUCGAGUUGGACCAAGGAGACAAAAGCAAUGGUCGGCAGAAUUCCGGGAUUGUUGAAGCUCGAAGUCAACAAGCCUCUGCCCUCAACAGCACACAGAGGCCAAGGCUUUGAUAUGGGGCUGGUUGCAACUCUUGAGAAGGCGGACGAUGUCAAAGUCUACGCCGAACAUCCUGUGCACCUGGCGUACGUCGAUUGCAUUCCCUCAUCAUGGACCUUCCGUGGCUCUGUGCAGGAGACCACCAAUAUACUGACAUGCACAUGA